AUGAUGAUAGUCGGCUGUGAGUCGGACGGUCAUCAAUCCAGGAGUAAAUCUCGCACAAAUAAAACUUAUUGUAAGCAAGCACGCUAUAUGAAAGUUAUUGAAAGACGGCGACUGAACAGAUCUAAGGAAAGGCGUCGACGUCGCAAAAAUCAAGCAAAAAGUUUGGCUGUCAAAGAACCGCUUAGCUUCGCUUUGCAAGUAUACAUCGAUUUCGGAUUUGCGCAACGUAUGAGUGAUAAAGAAAUCAGUAAACUGGUUCGACAAAUGGGUCGUGUUUGGGGUGUCCAAAAGAAGAAUCCUGGUUUGCAGGUUACUCUUCUUUCACCAGAUGAACGCUUUUUGUGCGAAGGACGUCAGAAAAUAUCUGGUUUCGAUAAUUUCAAUUGGAGGAUCAUUUCUGAUAGAAGUAUAAAUGAAUUAGUUACGGAGUGCCAUAUGGUGUAUUUGAGUCCAGAUUCGCAACUUAACGCCUUACUAGAUGUGAAACCUGACGAAGUAUAUGUUAUUGGUGGCCUCGUAGAUGAAACGGGAGUUGGAUCGUUGUCAUAUUAUAGAGCAGAAGAAUUAGGUUUGGAUGCUCGACGAUUACCGAUACAAGAAUUUCUUCGUCGACGUGAUAGUGGAACAUUUAACGUGAUGCUUACAAUUAAUCAAGUUGUAGAAAUUCUUGUGCGUUACGUAUACUCGAAAAGUUGGACUGAGGCACUUUCUGUUGUUCCAAAGCGGUUGGGCUAUGAAGUUAUAAAACCACCGAUUUAG